AGCUGCGCCGUCGGUCCCCGUCGGUGCUCCGUGGGUCUCCGAGCCUUCCCUGGUUCGGCCAUGGCGGGCGCCAGGCCCGGCGUCCACGCGCUACAGCUGGAGCCGCCCACCGUGGUGGAGACCCUGCGGCGCGGGAGUAAGUUCAUCAAAUGGGACGAGGAAGCCUCCAGUCGUAACCUGGUGACCCUGCGGGUGGACCCCAAUGGCUUCUUCUUAUACUGGACAGGACCCAACAUGGAGGUGGACACACUGGAUAUCAGUUCCAUCAGGGACACGCGGACAGGCCGUUAUGCCCGCCUACCCAAGGACCCCAAGAUCCGGGAAGUGUUGGGCUUUGGGGGUCCUGAUGCUCGACUGGAGGAGAAGCUGAUGACGGUGGUGGCCGGCCCAGACCCAGUAAACACCACAUUCUUGAACUUCAUGGCUGUACAGGAUGACACAGUCAAGGUCUGGUCGGAGGAGCUGUUCAAGCUGGCUAUGAAUAUCCUGGCUCAAAACGCCUCCCGGAACACCUUCCUGCGGAAAGCAUACACGAAGCUGAAGCUGCAGGUGAACCAGGAUGGGCGGAUCCCUGUUAAGAACAUCCUGAAGAUGUUCUCUGCGGACAAGAAGCGGGUGGAGACGGCACUGGAGUCCUGUGGCCUCAAUUUCAACCGGAGUGAGUCCAUCCGGCCCGAUGAGUUUUCCUUGGAAAUCUUCGAGCGAUUUCUGAAUAAGUUGUGUCUGCGACCGGACAUUGACAAGAUCCUGCUGGAGAUAGGUGCCAAGGGCAAGCCAUACCUGACGCUGGAGCAGCUCAUGGACUUCAUCAACCAGAAGCAGAGGGACCCGAGACUCAACGAAGUACUGUACCCUCCCCUGCGUCCUUCCCAGGCCCGGCUGCUCAUCGAGAAGUAUGAGCCUAACCAGCAGUUCCUGGAGCGCGACCAGAUGUCCAUGGAAGGCUUCAGCCGCUACCUGGGAGGGGAGGAGAAUGGCAUCUUGCCACUGGAAGCCCUGGACCUAAGCGCGGACAUGACCCAACCACUGAGCUCCUACUUCAUCAACUCCUCUCACAACACGUACCUCACAGCGGGACAGCUGGCCGGAACCUCGUCGGUGGAGAUGUACCGCCAGGCGCUGCUGUGGGGCUGCCGCUGUGUGGAGCUGGACGUAUGGAAGGGGCGGCCUCCCGAGGAGGAGCCCUUCAUCACCCACGGUUUCACCAUGACCACCGAGGUGCCGCUGCGGGAUGUGCUAGAGGCCAUCGCCGAAACCGCCUUCAAGACCUCCCCCUACCCCGUCAUCCUGUCCUUCGAGAACCACGUGGACUCGGCCAAGCAGCAGGCCAAGAUGGCCGAGUACUGCCGCUCCAUCUUUGGGGACGCGCUGCUCAUUGACCCUCUGGACAAGUACCCGCUGGCGCCGGGCGUGCCCCUGCCCAGCCCCCAGGACCUGAUGGGCCGCAUCCUGGUGAAGAACAAGAAGAGGCACCGGCCCAGCACCAGCGUCCCUGACAGCGCCACCCGCAAGCGGCCCCUAGAGCAGAGCAACUCCGCCCUGAGCGAGAGCUCUGCCACCACAGAGCCCUCGUCCCCCCAGCUCGGGUCCCCCAGCUCGGACAGCUGCCCAGGCCUGAGUAACGGGGAGGAGGCGGGGUUGGAGAAGCCCAGCCUGGAGCCCCAGAAGUCUCUGGGUGAGGAGGUCCCGAACCGGGGCCCUGAUGUCCUGGGGUCUGCUGACCGUGAGGAUGAGGAGGAAGAUGAAGAAGAGGAGGAAUCUACAGACCCCAAAAAGCCCACCACAGAUGAGGGCACGGCCAGCAGUGAGGUCAAUGCCACCGAGGAGAUGUCGACGCUGGUCAACUACAUCGAGCCUGUCAAGUUCAAGUCCUUUGAGGCUGCUCGAAAAAGGAACAAGUGCUUUGAGAUGUCCUCCUUUGUGGAGACCAAGGCCAUGGAGCAGCUGACCAAGAGCCCCAUGGAGUUCGUGGAAUACAACAAGCAGCAGCUCAGCCGCAUCUACCCCAAGGGCACCCGCGUGGACUCCUCCAACUACAUGCCCCAGCUCUUCUGGAAUGUGGGCUGCCAGCUCGUCGCUCUCAACUUCCAGACCCUGGAUGUGCCAAUGCAGCUCAAUGCAGGUGUAUUUGAGUACAAUGGGCGCAGCGGGUACCUGCUCAAGCCUGAGUUCAUGCGGCGGCCGGACAAGUCCUUUGACCCCUUCACUGAGGUCAUCGUGGAUGGCAUUGUGGCCAAUGCCUUGCGGGUCAAGGUGAUCUCGGGGCAGUUCCUCUCUGACAGGAAGGUGGGCAUCUACGUGGAGGUGGAUAUGUUCGGUCUCCCCGUUGACACACGGCGCAAGUACCGCACAAGGACAUCUCAGGGGAACUCGUUCAACCCCGUGUGGGAUGAGGAGCCCUUUGACUUCCCCAAGGUGGUGCUGCCCACGCUGGCAUCGCUUCGCAUUGCUGCCUUUGAGGAGGGUGGCAGAUUCGUGGGGCACCGGAUUCUGCCUGUCUCUGCCAUCCGCUCAGGGUACCACUACGUCUGCCUGCGGAACGAGGCCAACCAGCCACUGUGCCUGCCAGCCCUGCUCAUCUACACGGAGGCCUCUGACUACAUCCCUGAUGACCACCAGGACUAUGCAGAGGCUCUGAUCAACCCCAUUAAGCAUGUCAGCCUGAUGGACCAGCGGGCCAAGCAGCUGGCCGCUCUCAUUGGGGAGAGCGAGGCUCAGGCUGGCCCAGAGACAUGCCAGGAGACCCAGUCUCAGCAGCCAGGGGCCCAGCCAUCCUCAAACCCCACACCCAGCCCACUGGAGACUCCCCCUCGCUGGACCCCAGGCCCUGCCACCUCCCCCACCAGCACCUCCCUCAGCAGCCCAGGGCAGCGGGACGAUCUCAUUGCCAGCAUCCUCUCAGGUAGGGAGGAGCGCCUUGGGUGCGGGGCCACCUGGAGGGCACUGCCCAGCCCAGCCCCUCCACCACCCUGCCCACUUGCACUCUGGUUCCCAGAGGUGGCCCCCACUCCGCUGGAGGAGCUCCGAAGCCACAAGGCUCUGGUGAAGCUCCGGAGCCGGCAGGAGCGGGACCUGCGGGAGCUGCACAAGAAGCAUCAGCGCAAGGCCGUGGCCCUCACCCGCCGCCUGCUCGAUGCUCUGGCCCAGGCCCGGGCUGAAAGCAGGGGUGCGGCCGCCGACGUGGAGGACAUGAAGGAGGAGGAGGAGGCUAAGAGGUAUCGAGAGUUCCAGAACAGACAGGUGCAAAGCUUGCUGGAGCUGAGGGAGGCCCAGGCGGACAUAGAGGCUGAGCGGAGGCUAGAGCACCUGAGACAGGCUCAGCAGCGGCUCAGGGAGAUCCUCCUGGAUGUGCACACAACUCAGUUCAAAAGGCUGAAGGAGAUGAACGAGAGGGAGAAGAAGGAGCUGCAGAAGAUCCUGGACAGGAAGCGCCACAACAGCAUCUCUGAGGCCAAGACAAGAGAGAAACAUAAGAAAGAAGUGGAACUGACGGAGAUUAACCGUCGGCACAUCACCGAGUCCGUCAACUCCAUCCGUCGGCUGGAGGAGGCCCAGAAGCAGCGACAUGACCGCCUAGUGGCUGGGCAGCAGCAGGUGCUGCAGCAACUAGCAGAAGAGGAGCCCAAGUUGCUGGCCCAGCUGACCCAGGAGUGUCAGGAGCAGCGGGCGAGGCUGCCUCAGGAGAUCCGACGGAGCCUGCUGGGAGAGACACCAGAGGGGCUAAGGGACGGGCCCCUGGUGGCCUGUGCCAGCAAUGGCCAUGCACCCGGGAGCAGUGGGCACCUGUCUGGUGUUGACUCGGAGAGCCAGGAGGAGAACACGCAGCUCUGACCUGGCCGUGCAAGAGGUGGCCACAGGGCCAGGGUGGGCGCUGGGCAGAGGGCAGGAGGUGAAGACACUAAUGCUUUUUUUUUUUUUUAACUUUUUAUCUUUAGAAAUUAUAUUUUUUUAAACCUGGGGCAGGUGCCCCACACUAACUCCUUUCAUCUUCCUGGGGCCCCAUUAACCCCCAGCCCCUCCUUCCUAACCUCAGUCCUAGGGAAGGGGCUGGGCUGGGCUGGGCCUUGCCCCCAUGACACCCACACCCAGAUGGGCGUCCUUCCCUCACUUCCCAGGGGCCACACGGAGCUCUGGGAAGCAGGGGUCACAAUCUCUAUGCUUUGGGGAUUUUUUUACAUGAAUAAAAGUGGAUUUCGGGGAGCCCGUGUGCGGCGUGGUGACUCCAGGCCGGGGUCCAGCCCUGCACUUCCCUUGGGUCCCAGCUUUCCUCUUCUAGAGUCGUCUGUGGGGUCAAGGUCAGGCCCCCGUCAAAAGCUGGUGGGCUUGAACUUGGCUGCUUUGCAGUGACCUUCCUCAAUGCCACAGGAGGCUCUGGUUUCCCCCAGACCUUCCUGCCUCUGUGCCCUGUGACCCCUGGGCUUGUGUCCCAGCUCUCCCUGUCCUCCCUUCUCAGAGGCACAGGCUCCUUCAGGAAGCCUUCCCUGCCCCCUUCCUGUUGCCUGAUAUGAUCCAAGCUCCCACCACCUUCUACUGAGUGGCUCUGGGGUCCCAUGCAGGCAGUUCAGGGGGUGGUGGUGGAUAGCCUGGUGGAACUGGGCUUUCAUAAGUAAGCCAGUCAGGGGCCUGUCUCUGACCCCUGGAGAUGGGAAACUGACAGUCCCAGACAUUGUAGGGACUGGGACAACAUGUGACCCCCUCAUCCCUGUGAGGAAGAUGUUCUGCCUGUUUUACAGAUGAAGAAACUGAGGCCCUGAGCGGAAGCCAGGUGGUGCCAGGCCACAACUAAAUGGAGAUGUCCUGACCUGGAGGCAGGGAGGGCCCAGACCCUCUGUGGCAGACUGUCUUCGGCUAGCCUAGAAGACCUGCUCCAUGCCUCUGACCACCAAGGAGCAGCAGAGACCCCACAGCGAGGGUGUGAGGGCGUGAGGGCCUGGCCAGGCCGGCUCCAAAGCAAGGCCAGGCUGGCACCUCUUCAAGGCCUCUCCCAGCUUCCUGGCGCUUCCCGAGCUGGCUGCUCCCUCCUCCAGAGGAAGGCAGCCUCUUAUCUGGGCUUAUCUCCUGCCAAUUGAGUGUUUUCUUUGCUUUGUUUUUGCUGCAGCCUCCUGCAAACAGAUGGGGUGGGGAGGCCAGAGAAACCAGGCAGCUGAAGUAGGGCCUCCCCAGGGCUGGGACCUGUGCCCUGGGCCCUUCCUCAAGGUGGAUACCAUUGCCUAAGUGGCCCUCCUCCUGCUGUCAGAGCUUGUCCUGUCCCCCCAGUCUGCCAGUUCUCCUGUAUGCCCAUCCUGGCCCCAUAACAGUCAGCCUGCUCCCUUUUCCCCCGCCCACCCGGCUGGCAAGCCUUUACUUACCCAAACACUCCAUGUGGGUCCUGAGUCCCCAAAACUACCCUGUGUGCUACUGAGCCCCUCAGAAGCCUGGCCUCUACUGCUACCCCAUCUUUCCUGGGUCCCCUCAUCCUCUUCUCUGCAAUGACAGUUCCAACUUCAGCUCACCCCCUCCUGGCAGACCUCCCUGACUGUCCUGCCAGAGGAGGCUGACCCCUCUCUGGUUCUGGAAGCCUCUGGGAGCCAGGCUGUGGAGAAGUUCAUCUGUGUACCCAGCACAAAGCACUGGCCUGGACUACAGGGGCGCCAAUAAAUCUUUUGGAACAGA